CACUUUCCUCCCGAUCCAGACUUCGGAGGACUGGUUGAGCGAUUCAUGAGUCGUAUACCGUACAAAAUUGCGAGCAAGGAAUACGAAAUCUAAUACGAUGAUUUAUACUGAUUUCUUGUGAUUCCGAUGCUCCAAAUAUCGUAUAUUGCUAUACAGUUGAUUGGUGCGAUAGGGUUUUGGAGUUUCUGAAUGGUCAAAAUGGCGGAGCCUCCAUCACGAGUCACCAUAACCCUAGGACGCAGUGGCCAGGUGGUAAAGAAAGCAGCGUCUUCGAUAGAUUUUUCGUUUAAUGAUUCGCAGCCGGCAGCUGGGAAUAAACGGUCAGUUAGAGAUAGGCUUGGAGCUGCUGUGGAUUCUACUUCGCAACUCAGUAGUAAACGUCAGCGGGGAGAUGGCAAUGGAUGGGGCAGUAGUGCCUCUAGUGGUGUUGAUGAUGCAAGGCUUGAUAAAGAUGACCUUCGAUUCAAAAUUAUGCGGAAAUCUGUGAUGAAAAGAAGUCAAAGUAGUGGCCAGCAGACUGGUGUGGACCUGCGCAGUAUGCUGUCAAGAUCAGCACAAUCUUCAGUAACACCAACCAAUACACAGCACCGUAUGCCUGAGCCAAAGGAAACUAGACAUCGUUAUCCAGAUACAUGGGAUUCUAGACAGCGUGUGCUUGAGGGCAGGGAUUCUAGACAGCGGAUGACUGAAAGCAGGGAAUCUAGACCUCUAAUGCCAGAUACCAGGGAUAGUAGACAGCGUAUGCCUGAAUUAAAGGAUGUCAGAUAUCAAGUGCCUGACCGUCAGAGUGUAGACAUUCUUCGACAAGCUCCUUCUUCAAGAAAUGUGGAUGCUUUGCCUUUAAUGGACUCAAUGAGAAGCUCUUUUUCACCCUGGACAUUGGAACGUUUAAGGCGCAGAUCACCAGAUGGGAUUUUAAGUUCCAGAGGUGUUUCACCCCCAAGGAGCGGGGAAGAAUUACAGAGAAGGCCUACAGUAAGGGCAUAUGAUGAUCCUAGACUGGGCUCAUACAGUAGCAAAGAUUUUUCUCAGUUUUCACGGCCCAUGAGCUCUACAUAUUUGUCAAGCACUGCCCUACCCGCUGCACCUGCGAAGACAAUGGUGCCAAUGCAUGCACCAAUUCCUCAUCCUGGUGGACUAGCUCAGAGAAGUUCAUAUGGAGUAAAAGGUGAGGAUCUACCUACUGUUGAUGGCUUUUUGCACUCAUUGGGUCUGGAAAAAUAUGCUAUAAAUUUUAAGGCUGAGGAGGUGGAUAUGCAUGCUUUGAAGCAGAUGGGUGACAAUGAUCUUAAGGAGUUGGGGAUACCUAUGGGGCCACGAAAGAAGAUUAUACUUGCGCUGUUAUCUCGUGCCAAGCGGCAACUAUGAGAGGCAAGUGCAGUUGACCAGAGACAAUGACAGGUUGGGUGCCAGUGCAAUUAGUGCAAAAACAAGAUUAUCUAAUCACCAUCCAUUGCAAUUCACCCAUCUGUCUCACUUUGCCAAGUAAUCAAUUGUUACAUUGUGGGAACUCAUUGCAAAUCUUUGUAUAUGGCAAAAAAGUUUUCCUAAUCUUCAUGACAAAGUUGAAGCUUUGCUAGUGCCUCUGUUGUGAGCUGACCCUAAUGAACCCCUUAUGGCUCAGCACUUUUACCCUGAAGACAAAUUGAUAGAUGAUUGCAUUUUCUAAUCAGAAUUGAAUGGAAAUAAUUUUUGGAAUUGUGUAUACAGGACUAUAUGGGUGUGUUUGGUUCUCUUUAUGGGCCUGCAAAUCUCAUAUAACUUAAUAGAAUGUUAUGUCUACGUUUAGUUUUCUAGAA